UUGACAACUCGAGUUAUCAGUGACGAAAUCGCGAAGCCUUUGCUGUCUCUACAGUUUUAAAACCACUGUACGGCGUUUCCUAUUAUCAUUGAAGUCGCUGUUGGUUAUUUUCCGGAUGCGGCUUAAACCUUGUUCGAUUUUUAAAAUAUAGUUUCAGUACAUAAAUACCCAGUGGUUUCCAAAUUAGCAAUAACGAACGUUCUUAUAGCGUUAAAGAGUUUUCGAUAUUCGGGUAGUGCGAUCGAACGACAAUUUUGUUUUCGUAAUAAAAAUCUUGCAUAUUGGUUUCAAAGAACAUAACCUAACGUACGGUGUGAUUCGAUACUCUGAUUUACUACCAAUUUGCCGGUACAUGCGACUACACGGUAGACCAUACCUAUAUAUAUGUAGGACUCACUGUACUUCAUAGCUCACAGUGAAGAAUAUUGAAAGAAUAGGUCUGUGAGGAGGGGUGUGAUACGUAGACAACGAUAUAGACUAUUGGAGAGAGAAAGAGAGAGCGGGAUUGGUGAAAUUUUCGGCGGAAAUAUUUGGACCGAGCAAUCGUUCGUCGCGAUCCAUCAGCCAUCAGCCGCCUUAUUUUCAAACACAACCAAGUACAAUCGGACUGUUGUUUUCGUGCAGUUAAAAAAUGUUGCCGGGCUAGUAAAUUAUAAAAAUUUGUUCGAUCCGUGAAAACACCCUGUUGUAGUGCCAGCUGCCGUAAUUCAAGAUGUCUGUGUUCUUUGUAAACGCCAAUCAAGACAGCGAAGUUGAAGGAGAUUCGAAUGGGGAUCUACAGAUCGCUUCGCCCGGAAGUUCCGAGGCUCAGCAAGCAUUGGGUACUUUUUGGCCCAAAGUCACAGAGGAAAUUAAAAAAAUUACCACCAUGGACCUGAAAACUCAAUCUUUACCAUUAGCGAGGAUUAAAAAGAUCAUGAAAUUAGACGGAGAUGUUAAAAUGAUAAGCGCCGAGGCACCCAUGUUGUUCUCAAAAGCAGCAGAAAUAUUUAUUCACGAGUUGACGCUAAGGGCCUGGGUUCACACGGAGGACAACAAGCGUCGAACAUUGCAGAGAAACGACAUUGCAAUGGCAAUAACGAAAUAUGACCAAUUUGAUUUUCUCAUUGAUAUUGUACCGCGAGAUGAGCUGAAACAGAGCAAAGCUCAGAACGAGAGUAUCGUGCGAACCUCCAUGAAUUCGGACCAGGUGCAUUAUUAUUUUCAACUGGCGCAACAACAAGCCUCUGCGAAUCAAAGUGUCCAGAACAACGGAACUACCAGUCAACCAAUACAGAUUGUACAACCCUCUACUGGUCAAAUUCAAACUAUUAACAUCGGCAGUCCCGUUGAACAGGAAAGUAACGCUGGUACAACUCAAACGGUAACCGUGCACAGUCCGCAGCAAUCGUCCAAUCAACAAGUAAUACAGUUGCAACAAUCUCAACAAACGAGCAAUUCCCAGGGAGGUGGUAUACAGAUUGUUCAACAAAUCGUAACGCCGAGUGGAGAAAUACAGCAGAUACCCAUUCAGCUGACGCAGCAACAGUUGCAGAUGAUUCGAAUGCAAGUACAAGGCGGGAGUAAUCAACCGAUAAUAAUACAAGCUGCUCCGAUACAAGCGCAACCACAAAUAAUACAAGUUGGUCAGAGUGGUCAGACGCCGGUGUACCUUCAAACGAGCUCGGCCGAUAACGAGUAGCCCGCCGCCACACUAUUUUUCCGAAAAAUACGUUCUUGAUGCUUCAUUCUUCACAAUUUUAAGCGACAAAAGUGCAUUAAUGCCGACGGGUAGACAAACGGACGGACAGACCGCCACAAAAUACAACGGAUUUAGGAUUAGAAGAUGUAACGAUAAGACUAGGUGAUAAGGAAUUAAAGGAUUUUUCUAAAUUA